AUGGAGAAAUCGUUUCCGCCUUAUUCGGAUGAUCCGUCGGAACAGGAUCGCGCAGAUGCAGCCAGACGCCUUGGACUGCAUGAAAUCACCCCCAUAAUCGAGGCGAUCCGCACUCUAUUCCAGGCGCCGUCAUUCUCCAUAGGCGUCGUCUAUCAUGGGGAAACCAUCUACACCCAGGGCUUUGGACAUGCGGACGAGGAGAGUGGUCGAGUGCCAGACGAGGACACCGUCUAUACCAUCGCCUCCUGUACCAAAGGCUUCACUGGCACUGCAGUCGGCCUGUUGGUGAAUGAAGGGAAGCUGGAUUUCGAUGAGAAGGUCGCCCAUUAUAUCCCCUCUUUCUUCACCAGAAACAACCCCGCCGUCAGCCAGCAGAUGACGGUCCGAGACAUGCUCUCCCAUUGUUCGGGUUUAUCCCCGCUACCCUAUGAGGUCGUCGGUAAGAAUGGCUCAGUAUUCGCACGCAGGGAGGAUGUCAUCCAGAUCUGCAACCAUCUUCCACGCGAGUCGGAGUUUCGAUCCGAGUGGAAGUAUAGCAAUUGGAUGUUCGCCCUGGCUGGAGUUCUGAUCCAGCAGACGUCCCAGCAGACCUUCGGCCGGCUGGUCCAGAGGGAAAUCUUUGACGCGCUGGGAAUGUCUCGCACGGCAUGCGAGAACCCCAAUGUAGACGACAACUAUGCCCGUCCGUAUCUGGCCUUCUCAGAUGGAUCCAAACAGCUCAUCCAUCUCCCGGAUCUCUCCGACGGGUGGGCGUUCGAUGCCUCGGGGUCCGUUCGCUCCAGCGUCCAUGAUAUGUUGAUCUGGGCUAAAGCUUUGAUGACGGCCUGGAGGACCUCUUUUAUUGACCAAGGUGAUGACUAUCACCAGGCGGGUAAAGAGGUUGCGCCCCCUUGUUCUUUCUACUGGCUAGCUACAUGUUUAAAACCUCGAACAUCCCGUACCUCGCUCACCCGCGGAAAUGAAACGUUUGAUGAAAAGAUCCCUAGCCACUACGGCCUCCCCCAGCAGCUGACACGCGCACUGAGAGCCGCGCAGACGCCGUAUUUCCCCCUCUCAUCCGAUCCAAAGCAGGCCUAUGCGAUGGGCCUCUUCACCUUCCAACUGCCCACCACAGAAAUGAAUCUGGUCACCAAUACCGACGUGAUCACCACGUCCUACCGUCUUGGUGCAGAGUCACCACUUAUGAAGGUGGUUGGACAUACCGGCGAGCUCGGAGGCUUCCUCUCUGCAUACUGGACUUUUCCAGAGGAGGAUAGCGCAGUGGUCGUCCUCUGCAAUUCCUUCCAGUUGAAUGGGGACCCAACCAAUAUUGUAGCCCAGCUCCUCACUCAGACUUUAUUUGACCUACAACCCAAGAUUGUCUUCCUCGAGAUUGCGAAAGAGAUUGUUCACAAUUCGAAGAGACGCUGGGAUACCCUUGUCCACGAGUGGAACUCUCACCGGGUGACUGGAACAGCGCCACGUGACUUACAAGCCUAUCAAGGCACGUACAUCAAUUCAGGUCUUGCCAUGACGGUAGAAAUCAGUGCCAGCAACGCUGCGGCCUCUGGUGAACAGACCUUACGACUACGCAUCAACAGCAGCGAGGAGCAAACAUUCGACUUGCACCACUACCACUACGAUACUUGGUCAUUCCUGCCAGCGAGUCGCGAUGAGUGUAUUCGACAGGGUUACUCGGUUUAUCUGUUCUCCUGGAAGGCGUUUUUGAUUGAAUUCACCGGUGCCGACAACGGCCAGUUUAGAUCACUGAGCUGGAAAUUGGACUUGGAUUCGAGGGUGGAGAGACAGACCUUUACCUUGCAGUAG